ACAUCCCGACGUCUUAUGCUCAGGCAUUACUUAAUAUUCCAGCUAAAAUCGAAAUUUAACUAUAUGGUUAAAUGUUGGAUGUACCACGUACAUUGUAUUAUGUAUGCGUCUUCCUUCCCCGAAAUGGAUAGUGUACACCGGCAACGUUUAUCGAGAUAAAGUGGCAGAGGAGAGUCCGCGUUUUGCACUUGGCCAAAGGUCACGAUAUAUUGCACAGCACAGGCUGUUGUGUCUAGGGCAACAAAACAAGGCAUGCAUCCGGUCAUCGCCGAGCUGCUGGCUGGCACCCUGGGCGGUAUGGCCGGGAUCCUGGCUGGUCAGCCCUUCGACACAAUAAAAGUGCGUCUGCAGACGCAGAACGCCGCGGCGCCCCUCUUCCGCGGCACCACCCACUGCUUACUGGCGACACUGCAGCGCGAAUCCCUGCGCGGCCUGUACAAGGGCAUGAGCAGUCCGCUGGUCAGUGUGGCCGCGCAGAACGCCAUCGUCUUCAGUGUGCACGGCGCCGGGAUGGCGUAUUUAGGCGCCGACACUUUGACCAAUCACCUGCUGGCCGGGAUGCUGGCGGGGGCGCUGCAGACGCUGGUCACGUGUCCCGUGGAACUGGCCAAAACACAAAUGCAGAUACAGGGCGUCAUUGACGGUGCGACGCACGGCCGCCCAACGCGUUUAUACCGCAGCCCCGCCCACUUCCUCUACGCCCGCUACCGCGCCCACGGCCUGCGCGCCGUCUUCCGCGGUUUCACCGUGACCUUAGCCCGCGAACUCCCCGGCUUCGGCUCGUACUUUUGGUCCUUCGAGUACCUCAGCCGCCGGAUGGCCCCAUCGCCGCGCCCCGACGGCACCCCCGGACAACUGGGCGUGGCCGGGCUGCUGCUGGCCGGGGGCGGGGCCGGCGCCGUCUCCUGGCUAGCCUGCUUCCCGCAGGACGUCGUCAAGUCGCGUUUCCAGGCCGACGAACACUACCGCAGCGCGUGGCAGUGUGUGGCCAGCUAUCAAAAGGAGGGAUUACGGGUUUUCGCCCGCGGGCUCUGGCCCACCCUGCUGCGGGCCUUCCCGCAUAACGCGGCCACUCUGACCAUCUACAAGCUGUUCAUGAACCGCUACGCGAACGACCGGCAUCCGUGAGAACAGUUCCCGCAGAAAAUCUGUGCUGUAAAGAAUGUAUAAAAUAAGCGCUUCGUUUUAGCGGAUACUGCGCAAACCAGCGCUUCUCUGUACGAACCCAGUGUUGACGAUUUAUGCGCAUUGAAUGUGCUUCUGUUGCACUCUAUUAAAAAUUUUGAUUUUAUUAUUCGAUUUUUACUCCUACGUUGCGUGUGCCACAUUCUAUCAAUUUCUCUGUAUAUUUCUUUGCAGAGUAUAUUUUGUUCAACAAAGCUGAAUUGCAAGG